ACAAACACACAACAGCCGCCGCGCACGCGAUCGACGACGACGGCCGCCGGAUAGUUAGCUCCUCCUUGCAGCUAGCUUCUCUAGCUAAUAAUUCUAGCUAGCCACCACCACCUGCUGCCUUAGCCAGAGACAAAGAGAGAGCCAUGGCCACCGUGAACGCCACGACGACGACGGCAGGGUCCGGCAAGCAGACCGACGCGGCGCCGUCCCCUCCGGCGGCAGCGGCGGCGGCGUGCAGAAGCCUCUCCGGCGCCGACCUGGCCCUCAGGGUGCUCCUGUUCGCGGUGACGCUGUCGGGGCUCGUCGUGCUGGCCACCGCCAAGCAGACCGUGCGCGUCCCGGUCCCGCAGAUUCCAGGGCUCGUCCUCUCGCUCCCGGCCAAGUUCAAGGACUCGCCGGCGCUCAUAUAUCUGCUCGUGGCGCUCUGCGUGACGUGCUUCUACAGCCUGCUGUCGACGGCCUUCACCUCGCUUAAGCUCCUCUCCGGCUCAUCUCCCAGCAGGACUCUCUUCCUCCUUGUUCUGUUCGAUGUGUUCUAUGCAGCUAUCAUGGCUUCGGCGACCGGCUCAGCGGGUGGUGUAGCGUGGAUCGGGCUCAAGGGCAACUCACACACCAACUGGAACAAGAUCUGCAACAUCUACAGCAAGUUCUGCCGUCACAUUGGCAGCUCUGUUUUCCUGGGCCUCAUCGCCUCCGUCGUCCUCGUCCUGCUUACCAUCCUCAACGCCCACUCCUUAUACCGCCGCAGUCGCUAGUUAAGGAAUUGAUGAAUAUGCAUAUAUGCAUGGGAUGUGAUGAGUGACAUGGCAUCUAUUUUGUAUUGCAGCAGUAGUCUCUGCAAUCGAACAAUGUAGAGCGUGAGCUGUAUCUUGUACUGCAUGUUAGAAAAUUGUGUGCUUUUAAGAUUA